AUGAACGCGCCAGAUCGUUUCGAAUCUUUUGUUCUGUCUCCUGGAGAAGAGAAAGUCGAGGUUGAGGCCGAUACUCGCAUUCCAUCUUCCUCUAUUUUCACUUUCAACAAAGAGGACCACACGCUCGGCAACCUCCUCCGCUCCCGUCUUCUGCAAAAUUCUCAUGUGAUCUUCGCUGGUUACAAGGUUCCCCAUCCUCUAGUUCCCAAAUUUGAACUCCGCGUUCAGACUGAUGGCGAGAUCACCCCUAAGGAUGCUCUGCUCGCCGCCUGUCAUGACCUUGUCAAGGACCUGGGCAUUCUUUCCCGCGAAUUCACCAAAGAAUACGAGCUGCGUAAGAUGGUCGGAGCUACCCAGCAGCAGCAGAAUGGUACUGCAGAAGGUGCUUAG